AUGGCGGAGACCUCGACUGUCUCAAUUGGCGACAAUUUCAAAGUGCGCAGACACGACGGACAGCUCUGUAAGGGAUUUUCUAAUAAUACUCAUUUCUUAGAUCCUGCUUGCAUUCUCGAAACACGCUUACUCGAGUCGGGCGACAUUGAAUACUUCGUUCACUAUCUUGAAUGCGACAGGCGACUGGACGAAUGGGUGACAAUUGACCGCAUCGAACAAAACUCAAAAUUUACCAGUUCAUCGCCUCCCGAUGGUGUACUUAAAAUUCCCGGUCAAAGCGAUGGGAGAUUGACCAGAAACCAAAAGCGACGCUACGAUGAAAUGAACCACGUAACUUCGGAACUAGAUACCGCGGACUCCAUAACCCAGCGUUUGGAAAAGGAGCAUCAGAAGUUUACCCGGGUCAAGUUCAUCGAUCAUAUCCGCUUUGGCAAGUAUGAGAUCGGAACGUGGUAUUUUUCACCCUAUCCCGAAGAGUAUCGAAAGUUAAAGUAUCUCUGGAUAUGCGAGUUCUGUUUGAAGUACAUGAAAUUCGAGAAAACAUGGGUGCGUCAUAUGCUGCACGAAUGCCGACAGCACCAACCUCCUGGCCGAGAAAUCUAUAAGAAGGACAACAUUAGAGUGUUUGAGGUUGAUGGCGAGCAGCAUAAACUUUAUUGUCAAAAUCUAUGCUUGUUGGCCAAACUAUUUCUCGACCACAAAACCCUCUACUACGACGUCGCUCCCUUCCUCUUCUACGUUUUGUGUGAGGUGGACGCAGCCGGCUGUCACGUAGUUGGCUACUUUUCGAAGGUAAACCUUACGUCUCAUUUUUUGGCUUUAUAA